CUUGGGCUUGGAAGAAAGAGCAAUUUUUUCUGAAAUUUUUCCAUCAUUACUGAACUCCACAUCAUCUAGCUGUAUGUCUUGGGUGGACUCAGAAGAGACGGAUAACAACAGCUCGCUCUUUGACGAGUCGAGUCCAAGUGAAUCGAGCAUUUCCACCGGCUAUUUUCCUUGUUAUCAAAUUCAAGAGGACAUCUCUGACAGAAGUGUGUAUCAGAGGCCCACCAACAAUGAAAAAAUCUGCGAAAAAUCUGACAGUGAUCACAGUGGCAAAGAUAAUCAGAACAAAGACGGGCCUGACCGCGGCAUCAUCAUCAAAUACAUCAUCACGGGUCAGGACAAUAAAAUCACUGUUAGUAAACGUGAUUUAGUUACACCAGCAAAAGACCCAAAACCAUCUGACCUGACCGUGAUAGAGGAAAACUUCCUAGGAAAAAUGGACUUUAACAUCCACAAAAGAACCUGGCAAAAAAUGGAAUGGAACCAUCAAAAGUCAUUGCCGACCCUGGAGAAAGAACUACUAGAAAGGAGACAUCAAAGGAAGUUCAAGCCGCAAUUCAAACUGCAGGCUAAGCCGCAGGCCAAGUCACAAGCCAGACUACAAGCCAAGCCACAAACCAAGCCACAAACCAAGUCACAAGCCAAAAGGAACGAACUUUGGCGUAAAAAGUCCAACCGGACUCAAUCAAGUCAUGAUGAUCCACCACCGCUUUCUUCUCGUCUUAGUUUUCACCGCCUUUUUCAAUGGUUCCGACAAACCUUUACCAGGAGAACAAGAGUGAAUCCCCUGGGCGAAAAAGUGCAACCAGAGGCCGCCCAAGAACAGCCCAGAUCUUGGGGCUCCAGAUUGUGGAGGUGUCUGUCAUGGAAGCGGUUCCGUUCUGGAAAUCAAGUACAGCCCUACCCUACACGAUCGCAGCAAUAGCUAGCUGCAAGGGCUCUUUGGCCUAAUGGGUAAUGCCCAUUUUAAUUCUAAUCUUAGA